CAACAUCCCAGAUUCUUGUGAGUCUUGAAACUGCGGUGCUCCACAACUUCUCCUCCAGCCAUCAGUUCAGCCCCAGGUCGUGGUUUCGUUUUCCCUUGAAUCUUAUGUACCUUUCUCAUUACCAUGACCAUCGCCAGCCCUUGAACACACAGUCUCAACUCGUCCUUGUCGAGUUGUUGCAAUCAUGGCCGAAGAUCCUCAACCCUUGACUCUCCAACAACGCAUUGCCGCUCUCAACGCUGCUCAUAUUGGCCGUGUACCAGGAGAGCCUCCUCGUCCUUCGUCUCAUUCAACACCUCCAAUUGUCCCUACCAGACGACCGAUCAUUGUCAAACAACAUUCAAUCAAUAAUCCUCCAGAACGAUCAAAUGCCUCCGUCUCAGUUGCCAAUUCAACGAUUGGGAACCAACCUGCUCCUCCACCUGUAGUUCGAAAGCCCCCUCCCCCACUCCCCAACAGGAAGACUUCGAGAGAAGAAGAGAGGCGAGGCUCGGUGGCUUCUACAGUGUCGACUGGUGGCAGCAGUGUGGUGGACACCCCAGCUUCAUCUCGGGUGACGACUACAAGGACCAAAUCAACCGAUUCCGCUAGUCGAGUCAAAGCACCGGCGUGGGGAGAAUGUCAACUACCUGCUCUCCCACCAAAGAACGCUCACCCUGCGACUGUCACAAGAAAGUAUUCGGAGGAAAAGCCAAAAUAUGUUAAUAGAGCUCCUUCUGCCACCUCCAUAACGCCCGCUACUACCCCCCCAACCACAGGAACUGACACCCGCCCUGCUCCUCCUCCACGACCAUCUCUUCCACCUAGAUUUCCCUCCCGGAAAGCAGAGACCGAACAUCGGGAGCAUGCCACUGAACAGCCUGCCGUACGAAAAUUACCGCCCAUGCCAUCAGCCGAGUCGAUCGAGAGGGCAAAGAAGGCGGCUUUUGCGCGAGAACCUUCUCAAGAACAGGUCCAUCACACCCAACACGACUCUCCGACCUCGGUCAAGCCUGAGCCUACUUCAACCAUUGUAAGAGACCAGCCUUCCUGGCCAUCCAGAGAUAAGGUGAGCCUGCCAUCAAGAGAGGCUGUAAGCGCCCAUGUCCACUCCGCAAGAGACCUGUUCAACAAACAUGUAUCACCCGUCUACAGAGAGAAAACCAAUGGUUACAUCUCCAGGCCAGAACCAGAGGUGACUCCCAAUCACAUCCCUCAGACCCAGCCUUUACGCGAAUCUCUCCCGACCUACAAUUCCCACCAAGAGCAGGUUCAAGAUAUUGCUUCCACGCAACUUGCUCAACAUCACCAAGGCCCACCCCCUAUCCCCGUUUCUUCUCGCCCAGAUCUCUCUGCCAUUCAAGCAACCAAGCCCAAGCUUAAUGGUACUACUGCGUCACAUCAUCAUCAUUCUUCUUCCUCGGCCAACGUCUGUUUGGUUUGUCGUGAUUUCUCUGCUCCAGAUCACCAAGCCACGCUUUUCCCUCGUCAACAAGUCACUUCUCUCCAAACAUUGGCUCACCAACUCACCGCGCCCUUCUCAUCCGACACCGACAAAGCAAGAGCAAUUUUUUCCUGGCUUCACCACAACAUUGCCUACGAUGUGGUCAGCUUUUUUAAAAAGAACGUCAAACCAUCCACACCGCAGUCGACAUUUCAAAGCGGUCUCGCUGUGUGCGAAGGCUACGCUGCUCUGUUCUGCAAUCUGGCCACCUACGCAGGGCUUGAGUCAGUAGUGAUUGGUGGACACGGGAAAGGAUACGGCUAUACAGCGCUGGCGCCGGGGUCACCCCUUCCGCCAUACAACGCAGGACAUGCUUGGAAUGCUGUCCGAAUCGACGACGGAGAAUGGAAGUUGAUUGACGCAUGUUGGGGUGCUGGUCACGUCCAAGGUGCGGGGCGUCCGUACGUGAAGCAUUUCACGCCGGAGUAUUUCUCCAUGACGAAUGAAGAAUUCGCCAUCAAGCACUUCCCCGAGAACAAAGACUACUUCUUCCUCCCAGGAGGUCGAAGGCUGACCUGGCAAGAAUACAUUGUUAUCGAUCCUGCCCGGUGGCCCGACAUGGUUGAACCACCAACCGUCUUCACCAACGCUAAGGAAGACUACUCGAUCCGCGAGAAGUCGGUCCUGCCGCGAGCAAGGCAGAUCAACGUCGGGCAAUCAGGAAUGGUGCAUUUCCAAUUCAGUCUUCUGUGUCCACACUGGACAUUGGAGUACCAAACCCGCAAAGGCCCACCGCCUGUGUUCAUCGUCUCCGUGCAAGGAGCUAACGGACAAAGUAAAGAUCAGAUUCCUAUGGACCACCACGCCGGACCUGCCGGGCAAGGCGGCGAUAUUUGGACCGUGGACAUUCCUGCACACCAGCUGGGACCACGGGGUCAGACAGUCACGUUAUUUGCAGUGACGAGUUUCGGCGACCGGCAGGACGCGCGGGGCUUGACGGUGCGCGAGUUCAGGGAAGGCAAAGGACGUGUGGGAAUGGGGUUUGUUGGGAUUGCAGCAUGGGAAUUGGUCUAGGACCGAUCAAUUGAGAUUGCUUUGUGGGCGAUCUCUUCUUUUGGUUUGCUUGUCUUGCAUUUGAAUCGGCCUGUGCUAAUGAAUUAUUCGACUUGCACGGGCUGACUGAAGGAGCUAUGGAGUCAAUCAGGGGAGAGCAAGUAGACGAUGCUCGGAUAUGGAUGGAUGAUUGGUGUUCGGUUCUUUUUUCUUUCUUUCGAUAUCUUGUUUUUUUUGGGGCGCAUCAAUGGCCUCCUCCGCCGGCUGGACGGUAGACGGGAAACAGCUGACGGAGGGAGGGGGUAGGUGGACACUGGAUGGCGGACGACCCCGAUAUACGAGAAGGGGGCAUGGAUCCCUUAAUAAUACCAACGACGACGACGACGAUAAUAAUGAACCCCACAGAUACCCAGCAUGUAAUCGGACAAAGGGGAAGGUGGGAACGAAGUACUGAAGCGAGCAGCUAUUCUCAUCAGUGCGAAAAUCCAACCAUUGAAUUCGAAUGCUAUAUACUAUAGCAUAGUAGACUUGAUGUGGUUUAUGAUAUUGUAGUUUGAGACUGGACCCUGCGAUAUAUCUUUACGAGAUCCGAAAUAGGUAGUCAGACAGAUGACAAUGAUAUCUAGCUGCAUUGAAUAGUCGC